AUGGAGAGUGGAAGAGGAAGAAGAAAAAGAGAAGUGGAUGAAGAGAGUGGGAAGGGUGGGUACAAACAGAGGAGAGAGAAUAGACAGAGGUCGACGGACAGGGAGGGAGAAAGGACGAAUAGGAGAAAAAAGGGAGGCGGAGAAUAUCUGGGUCUAAAGGUCUGUGGAGAAAGGGGGGGCGGGAAGGGAGAGGGAGCUGUAGAGGAGACGAACUGGAAGAGAGAUGGAUGCACAGAGCGAGAGGGUGGGAGAGAGAGGAGGACCGACAGAGAAGGAGAGGGGGUAGACAGUGAGGCCGACGGCUCCACCAUGCGACCGCUGCUGUUGCAGCUGCUGGGAUUGCUCUGCGUUGCAGGUGCUGUCUCAGCUCUGGCCGAAUCCAACCUAUCCUGCUACCAGUGUGUGAGGCAUGCCAACGAAGAAUGUGGAGAAGAAGACCUACAACUCUGCCCCAGCAACAAGGACAGAUGUGUCACCCACAUCUCCAAAGAUGUACAAUGGCUGCAAUAA